AUGGAUCGACAAGUUAGAGGUAGAGAGCGUGGGAGAUCAACUAGGCAACACCCCGAGGUUGGUGGUGAUAGGGAACCUGAGGUCAACCAAGACCAUGGUCAGGGAAAUGAGGCCGGGGACCCAGUGGCCACCGCAAUCAAUAGAAUAACCGAUGUUCUAGAGCGCAUGACUGAGCACCAAGCCCCGGGGGCAGUGCAUCGUCAAGGAGGCCCCAUCGAUACUGAGGAUCGGGCAUUAGAGAGAUUCUUGAAGUUUGGACCUCCUAAGUUCUAUGGAGGCCCAGAACCUGAGAUAGCAGAAGGUUGGUGGGAGAGGAUCUCUAACAUUUUUACAGCUUUAAAUUAUACGGAGGAGAGACAAGUGACUUUUGCAGCAUUUCAGUUUGAGGGAGAUUCUCGUUCCUGGUGGAACCUAAUUAGGGUUAAUUGGGACAGGAACCAUAUUCCUAGGACCUGGGCAAACUUCACUCGAGAGUUCAACGCCAAGUUUCUACCCCCUCUCAUCCAAGAGAAAAGAGAGGAUGAUUUUAUCAAGUGUAAGCAGGGAAUGGAGCGAUUAGCUGCUGUUCGAAUAGACACGUUUGUUGAUGCUGUUGAGAGAGCUCAGAGGGUGGAAGUUGCUAGAGCUCAAGUAAAAUCCUUCCAGGCCAAGAAAAGAUUUGGCCCUAGCGGUAGUCGGGAGCCGACCUAUGCAAGUGCUCCACUUGCCAAAGUGGGUCUAGGAAUGGGUGGAGUAAAUAGUCCUGGAGCACCACGAGGCGCUCUAGCAAGAGGAGCUGGGGCAAGAGGUACCGGAAGAAGAGAUAUCGGUACUAGAGGAGUACCAAGUGGAAGGAAUCAAACUAGGAACGCUCUGCAAGGAGGUCGUGUGACCACCCCUCAGGUAACUUGUGGAUAUUACAGGAGGGCUGGCCAUACUGAGGACGGAUGCUGGAGGAAAGAAGGGAAGUGCUUGAGGUGCGGAAGCAGUGAACACCAGAUUGCCGGUUGUCCAAAAAUACAAGAAGGUGGUACCCCAAGUGCUAGACAAGCCACUUAUGGAGGAAAUAGGCCGAAAGUUCCUGCCAGGGUGUACGAUAUGGACGAUCAACCUGUACCUGAUUCCUCGGAGGUUGUGGAAGGUACUCUUCCAAUCUUUCACCGAUUAGCUAGAGUACUAAUUGACCCUGGCGCAACACAUUCAUUGUGA